CAGUGUUCUUGGUGAUGCGCCCAGUAGUGCUUUUGGUGGUGCUUUUGGUGGUGUUUUUGGUGUCGCUCUUGGUGCCGCUCUUGGUGCCACUCUUGGUGGUGCUCUUGGUGGUGCCCUUGGUGAUAUAUUUGGUGGUGUGUUGAGUGGUGAUGCCUAUAGUAGUGGUGCUCCUGGUAGUCUCAAUGGUGGUGUUUUCAAUACUGGUGUUCUUG